UUCAAGUGCAAGGGUCGGUGUGGGUCGACGACUAGAGGAAGUUUGAUAUUAUUCAAUAAUAUAAUAAAUAACAACUGCUUUUUGUCAUUGCAGUUAGUAACACAUUAAGUCCAUUGUACUAUUGUAACCAACAGCAAUGGCACCAACACUUUACUAUGCGAACGCUAGCUGUCCCUCCAGGAGCGUACUUCUCGCGGGAAAGGCUCUUAAGAUUGACUUCGAUCUCAAGCCCGUAAACGUAUUUGAGAAAGCACAGCUGAAACCCGAUUUUAUAAAGAUUAAUCCACAACAUACCCUUCCAACAUUGGUUGAAGAAGACGGAUUUGUUUUAUGGGAUAGCCACGCUAUAAAUGCAUAUCUGGUUGGUAAAUUUGGCAAAGACGACUCCUUAUACCCAAAAGACCUCAGAAAAAGGGCAAUUGUAGAUCAAAGGCUUCAUUUUAAUAAUGGCACAUUACUUCCCAGAUUUUUGAAUAUUUGCUACCCCGUCCUGAACGAUAAUGUCAAAGAAGUGACCAAAGCCCAAAGAGAGAGCACAAAGGAGGCUUAUGGCUUUCUGGAAAUUUUAUUAGCAGAAAGCGAAUAUACUGCAGGCAAUCAACUUACCAUCGCUGACUUUAACAUAGUCGCGGUUCUUACUAACAUGGAAGCGUUUGUACCAAUCUGUCCAAAGGAAUAUCCACGAAUAAAUGCAUGGAUGAAAAAAAUGGAAUCUCUUCCUUACUUUAAUGAGGUUGUUGAAGACGGAAGGAAACAAUUUGCUGACAUUGUUAAAUCCAAACUUUCAAUAAUGGCUCCUACUUUGUACUACAUGGAAGGCGGUGCUCCGGCAAGAAGUGUAUUUUUUACAGCAAAGGCCCUUGGCAUUGAACUCAAUUCAAAAUUUGUGAAUUUAUUUGCUGGAGAACACAAGAAACCAGAAUUUUUAAAAAUCAAUCCACAGCAUACAGUACCAACAUUAGUGGAUGAAGAUGGAUUUGUUUUAUGGGACAGCCAUGCCAUCACCCCUUACUUGGUAGGAAAGUAUGCCAAAAAUGAUUCGCUGUAUCCAAAAGAUCUGAAGAAAAGGGCGGUGGUAGAUCAAAGACUCCAUUUCAACAACAGUGUUCUUAGUGUCAGACUUAGCUUUCCAUCUAAAGCAUUCUUCUUCGCCAAUGCCAAGGAAGUGUCGAAAGAACACGCUGAUUCCUUGAAAGAAGCUUAUGGAUUUUUGGAAGCUUUCUUGGACGGUAACGAUUACUUUGCUGGUGAUCAUCUCACGAUUGCAGAUUUCCACAUUGCUGCGACUCUCACCACUGCAGAUAUUAUAGUACCUGUAUCUCCUUCCGAGUUUCCAAGAAUUACGAACUGGUUGAAAAGGAUCAAGGCUCUUCCUUAUUAUAAGGACGUAAACGAAAAGGGAUUACAAAUAUAUACAGAAUUAAUUAACUCAAAACGUGCGUAGAUGCAUGUGUAUCUAUUAUUAUAAUUUAAGUGGGCACUUCAGUAUUGUACAGUUUUGUUUUUAUAAUAUUAGUGAUGAAACUGAUAAUAAAAA